CAUUAGCAGCUGAUCGUAAUAUUUGAUUCUAUUGCGGUUGAUAUAAUAGCUAUUGGAAGCCCGUAAUAAUAAUUUGAAAAUGUCUCGUUUAAUUUUGCCUUCCUUGCGUAGGUCAGUUGGGGUUUUACGCAGUAACAAUCGUUUAUUUAACAUUUGCUUACAUCAAUCGCAAAAUUUGAGAUCGUUUGAACAUUAUGGAGCGAUUCCUACAAAAAGGGCGCUGUUGAAUAAUAAGUCCUCGGUUCCACUUUAUCAAUUCUGUCGUAAUAUGUUUAUACAGACACAAGACACACCUAACCCUGACAGUCUAAAAUUUCUUCCCGGCACAGACGUUCUGGGAAAAGGUAACACAUACGAUUUUCCCAGUGUAUCUGCGGCGUAUUGUAGCCCCUUAGCGAAGCUUCUCUUUCGUAUCGACGGGGUGCGUGCUGUGUUCUUCGGUGCCGAUUUCAUAACAAUAUCUAAAGAAGAAGAAACGGAUUGGGCCAUUAUUAAGCCAGAAGUUUUUGCUGUAAUAAUGGACUUUUUUGCCAGCGGUUUACCAAUACUGAACGAAGCUAAACCCAAUUCAGAUACACAAAUCGAAGAUGACGAUGACGAUGUGGUUAUGAUGAUUAAAGAACUUCUUGACAGUCGUAUCAGACCCACUGUACAAGAAGAUGGUGGAGAUAUUAUAUAUAUGGGUUAUGAAGAUGGUGUAGUUAAGUUAAAGAUGCAGGGAUCAUGUUCUUCCUGUCCUAGCUCUAUUGUUACACUUAAAAAUGGCGUGCAAAAUAUGUUGCAAUUCUACAUACCCGAGGUAGUGUCUGUUGAGCAAGUUUCUGAUAAAGUAGAUAAAUUCGCAGAAAAAGAAUUUGAAAAAUUUGAAAGCAAAAUCAAGUUGAAAGAACCAUCACCGACAAAUGAAACACAAACUUAAUUUACUAAAUAUUAUUCAUUUAAUGUUAAUAAAUGUACCAAAUUAUACUCGGUACAACGAAGUAUAUUGUAAGUAAAUUCAUACAUGAUAAGAUGUUACGUUGAUUUGAGUUAAUACAAGUACAGACCUACUAAUACUGUA